AUGGCCUCCACAGGAUCAGAGUACAUGGAGAAGCCUCGGCCAACCUCCAUGGAUUCCACGCCAAUCGCUCGAGGCAUCCAGUCACACGACAACUACGAUAUCGAGAGGCCCAAAGAACGUAAGCAAUCGGUCGUUGGAAAGCUCAAAAGUGCCUACGACCUUUCAAAUACCAAUAGACGUCCAAGCCGAGACGGCUCGAUCAAACAAUAUGACGAAACACACAGAAAAUUAAAGCCCAGGCAUAUCCAAUUAAUCGGCAUUGGGGGGACAAUCGGUACUGCACUUUAUGUGCAAAUCGGGCAGGGGCUGCUGAGAGGUGGACCAGCCAGCAUGAAUGAAAUGGUCACAUAUCUUCCAAUUUCGUCACCUUUCAUCCGUUUCGCUGGUCGAUAUGUUGACGAAGCGUUCGGCUUUGCUGCUGGUUACAACUUCUUCGUCUUCGAAGCUGCUCUUGUACCAUUCGAAAUUGUCGCUUGCAAUGUGAUCAUUCAGUAUUGGAGCGCCGCCGUCCCAGUCGGAGUGAUUAUCGCUAUCGUGAUUGUUAUGUAUGCUAUCCUCAACAUUUUCGCAGUCAAAUGGUACGGAGAAUCCGAAUUCUGGUUAGCCCUGGGAAAAGUUCUCCUUAUUAUUGGACUUCUCGCGUUCACCUUCGUCACUAUGCUUGGAGGCAACCCGCUCGGCGAUCGCUUCGGAUUCCGAUACUGGCGUAACCCUGGAGCUUUCAAUGAGCUGUACUAUGGCGGCAAUCUGGGUCGAUUCUUAGGUUUCUUGCAAUGUCUUAUUCAAGCCUCGUUCACCAUUGCUGGACCGGACUAUGUGUCGAUGGCUGCUGGCGAGGCCGAAAACCCUCGCUGGGUGAUGCCACGAGCUUUCAAGGCUGUUUUCUACCGCUUGACCACAUUCUUCGUCCUUGGGUCCCUUGCUGUCGGGAUACUGGUGCCACACGAUGAUGCUGAACUCACUGCAGCAUUCGACAACGGUGAACCCGGUGCUGCUGCAUCUCCCUAUGUCGUCGCAAUGAACAGACUGAGAAUUGGCGUCCUUCCCGACAUUGUAAACGCUCUGGUAUUGACUAGUGCGUUUUCUGCUGGAAACAGCUACUGCUAUUGCGCCAGCCGAUCACUGUUCGGUCUUGCGCUUGAAGGGAAAGCGCCCAAGAUCUUGACUAGAUGCACCAGGAAUGGAGUGCCGAUUUACUGCGUGGCUGUUGUCCUCUUGAUUGCACUACUGAGCUUCUUGCAAGUCAGCAACAGCGCAGCCGUGGUACUGAGCUGGUUUGUUAGCUUGCUGAUCAACUUUGCGGUCAUGGCUUUCACUUUCAUUAAGUUCAAGAAAGCCUGUGAAGCUCAGGGACUUUCUCGUGACUCGCUUCCGUACAAAUCGUGGUGGCAGCCAUUUUGCGCGUGGUACGCAUUUACUGGCUGCUUUAUCAUGGCUUUUGUUGGGGGUUAUCCUGUCUUCAUUCUCGAUCGUUGGAACGUUCCGACCUUCUUGUUCAGCUACAUGAUGAUCUUCGUAUUCCCAAUCCUGUUUGUUGGCUGGAAGUUGAUUAAGAAGUCGAAAUGGUACAAACCAGGGGAGGCCGACCUGUACAAGGAUGUGGAUGAGAUUGAGGAAUACCAGCGCACUUAUGUUCCAACUCCCCCAAGGAACAAGUUCAUGUACUGGUUUGACAGAGUCUUCAGCUGA